AUGACUUCCCAUGGUCCCUGCCUGCGGAGAGACUACCCACGUUCAGAGGUUUUGGCAGGACUCGCCAUCCAGCACUACCUGAUGGAUCACCUGUACAGAGAGGAGGAUGAGGCCGCCGCGCUACCCCCCACCAGCGCAGCUGGCAGCGCGUCGGCUGCCAGCCGGGAGUUUGAGGACCGGAGAGCGCAGCAGGAAGACAGCGAAGAGCUGGAGACGAAGGCGGUGGGCUUCUCCCCGGAUGGCCGCUUCCUGAAGUUUGACAUCGAGAUUGGAAGAGGCUCUUUCAAAACUGUCUAUAAAGGACUGGAUACGGAUACCACUGUGGAAGUCGCCUGGUGUGAGCUACAGGAUCGGAAGCUGUCCAAGUCAGAGCGACAAAGAUUUAAAGAAGAAGCUGGGAUGCUGAAAGGGCUUCAGCAUCCCAAUAUUGUCAGGUUCUAUGAUUCCUGGGAGUCUACAGUCAAAGGAAAAAAGUGUAUUGUUCUUGUGACAGAACUCAUGACAUCUGGAACAUUGAAAACGUAUUUGAAAAGAUUUAAAGUGAUGAAAAUUAAAGUACUGCGGAGCUGGUGUCGUCAGAUACUGAAAGGCUUACAAUUUCUACACACGCGCACUCCUCCCAUUAUUCAUAGAGACUUAAAAUGUGACAACAUCUUCAUUACUGGCCCCACUGGAUCAGUCAAGAUUGGAGACCUCGGUCUGGCAACCCUGAAACGAGCUUCUUUUGCCAAAAGUGUGAUAGGUACACCAGAGUUCAUGGCCCCUGAGAUGUAUGAGGAGAAAUAUGAUGAAUCCGUUGAUGUAUAUGCUUUUGGGAUGUGUAUGCUAGAGAUGGCCACGUCUGAGUAUCCUUAUUCCGAGUGCCAAAAUGCUGCUCAGAUCUACCGUCGAGUGACCAGUGGUGUCAAGCCAGCCAGCUUCGACAAAGUAGCAAUCCCUGAAGUGAAGGAGAUUAUUGAGGGAUGCAUUCGGCAAAACAAAGGCGAGAGGUAUGCUAUUAAAGACCUUUUGAAUCAUGCUUUCUUCCAAGAAGAGACUGGAGUACGGGUAGAACUAGCAGAGGAAGAUGAUGGAGAAAAAAUUGCCAUUAAACUCUGGCUGCGAAUUGAAGACAUCAAAAAACUCAAGGGCAAAUACAAAGAUAAUGAGGCAAUAGAGUUUUCCUUUGACUUGGAGAGAGACGUCCCAGAGGAUGUAGCACAGGAAAUGGUGGAAUCUGGCUAUGUCUGUGAAGGGGAUCACAAGACAAUGGCGAAAGCUAUCAAGGACAGGGUAUCUUUGAUUAAGCGAAAGCGAGAGCAGCGUCAGUUGGUGCGAGAAGAACAGGAGAAGAAACUUCAGGAAGAAGGUAGUCAGAAGCAGCAGCUGGAGCAACAGCAACCAUCAAGUGCUUCCCAUGCAGGGUCAAAGCAUCCCCAAUCUGUCACUGGUACUACUCCUGUCCCCACUACUUCAGCAUCGGUUUCUACACAAGUGGAGCCUGAAGAACCAGAAGCUGAUCAACACCAACAACUGCAGUUCCAGCAACCCAGUAUAUCUGUUCUUUCUGAUGGGACAGUUGACAGUGGCCAGGGGUCAUCUGUUUAUACCGAAUCAUGUGUGAGCAGUCAACAGACUGUGUCAUAUGGUUCCCAGCAUGACCAGUCGAUCUCAACGGCUGCGGUCCAGGGGUAUGCAGCUUCAGCUGGCCAAGUGCAGUCGCAACAGCAUGGAGGAUAUCAGCCGCCUGCAGCGCCUCAACGUGGUCGUAGCAUGUCAGUUUGUGUCCCCCACCUUCCUGCUCUUCCCUCUAUGUCCUGCAUCCCUCUCAGUGCUCCUUGCACCCCACCACCAGCGCUGUCUGCACCUCUUUCUCCUUUCUACCUUCGGACUGUUCCUGAAGAAACCUUUGCAGAAAAGCUUUCUAAAGCCCUGGAAAGUGUCCUGCCCAUGCACUCUGCCUCUCCACGCAAGCAUCGACGCUCCAGCCUGCCCUCCCUGUCUGUCAGUCCUCCUCAGCAUCCGCGUGGGGGAACACCAACGUUCCCAGAUUCACAGAUAUUUUUCCCAACCGUUCAUGAACGGCCGGUGUCUUUCUCACCACCACCUGUCUGCCCGCCGAAGGUGGCAGUUGCUCAGCGGCGCAAGAGCACCUCAUUUUUGGAAGCCCAAACUUGCCACUUCCAGCCAUUGCUGAAGACUGGCCAGAGUUUAGUUCCGCCUGGUGGUAGUCCCACCAACUGGACACCAGAGGCAUUCGUUAUGCUGGGCACAGCAGCUCAGAGAGUCACUGGAGAGCCUCUGCAUGUGCAAGUUAAUCCCGUGUUUGAGCCAGCUCCUGUCCACAGUGACUAUAGAUCUGGACCAGCACCUCCAGAGGAUGCUCACUACAGAAUGCAUCCAGAAGCUGUAUAUUUGGUGGGCAUGCACUAUCCAUCACAGACACAGGUGCAAGGCCAGUCAGCCUCAAGCAGUGCAUCAGUGCCACCCCAGCCUACCCAACACGCUCAGCAGAAUGCACAGCAGCCAGCCUCUUCCCAGCAGCCUGGACAAUAUCAGCUGCAGCAGCCAUCAGUUUCUGCUGGCCCCACUCCCACACAAACUGGCUCUCAAACGCAAACUUCGCAGAUUAUGCCAAUGCCUCAGGCAGCAGCUGGGACACAGCUUCCUGUUUCCCAACCAGUGUCGAUCAUCCAAGGCGAGCCUCAAUUACCUGUUGCAGCACCUUCUCUCCCUCAGCCUUCAGUUGCCCCAUCAGUCCCCAUUGGCUCUCAUUUUCUAACCAUGGGACAGCCCUUGCCAACUUCCAUGGUUCCCCAGUUCUCAGUCUCUCAGUUGCCCGUAGCAGCUCCUCACGUGUCGGUGGCUCAGCCAGGCUUCCAGUCACUGCCCAUUUCAAUGGCAGCUGGCAUGAAUCAGCCAUUGCUCACAAUGGCAACGUCUGCUGCGGCAACCGCUGUCCCUGUAGGACCAACCGUUGUCCCUAGCCAGCUUCCCACACUGAUGCAGCCUGGGGCUCAGUUGCCCAGCCAGGUUCUUCCGCAGCUCCUGCAGCCAGCUGUCCAGUCCGUGGGAUUGCCAGUCAGCAUUGGACAAGCUGCUGAAGCUUCACUUCCUGCUGGAGAUGCUCUUUACCAGGGCUUCCCAUCUCGGCUGCCGCCUCAAUACCCAGGCGAUUCAAAUGUUGCACCUUCCUCUGCUGUGGCCUCUGUUAGCAUUCCUUCUGCCGUACUGUCCCCUCCCUUGCCCACAGAUGCAAUGGCUCAGCCGGGCUAUCUUGCUCCUGUUGUGCAGCCCUAUGUGGAGCAGAACGUUUUAGUUCCCAUGGGCAGCCUAGGAGGACAGGUUCAAGUGCCGCAGCCUACAGUGAGUUUAGCACAACAGGCCUCACCUGCGUCCUCGCAGCAGGCAGUUUUGGAGGGUACUCAGGGAGCCUCACAGACUGCGCCUUCAGAGACUCUUCCAGCAACACAGCCUGCUCAGUCUACCCCUUUGGCUUCCUCUAUGGACAGUGCACAUUCUGAUGUUGCUUCAGGAUUGAGUGAUGGCAAUGAGAAUGUUCCAGCUUCUAGUGGAAGGCAUGAAGGGAGGACUACUAAACGUCACAUGCGGAGGUCUGUCCGCAGUCGCUCUCGCCAUGAGAAGACUGCUAGGCCGAAACUGAGAAUUCUAAAUGUUUCAAAUAAAGGUGAUCGGGUAGUGGAAUGCCAGCUAGAGACACACAAUCGGAAAAUGGUUACUUUCAAAUUUGAUUUGGAUGGUGACAACCCUGAGGAAAUAGCUUCAAUUAUGGUGCAGAAUGAGUUUAUUUUGGCAACCGAGAGAGACUCAUUCGUAGAACAGGUACGAGAGAUUAUUGAGAAAGCAGAUGAAAUGCUAAGCGAGGAUGUAAGUGUGGAGCCAGAAGGUGAUCAGGGUUUGGAGAGUAUGCAGACAAAAGAUGAUGGCUUCUUUCCAGGGUCACAGAAAUUAGAGUUCAAACAGCCAGAUCCUACAUCUUCCAUGCCACAAAGAAUAGGGGUUCCUCCUAGCUCCUUUACCCAGGUUGUCCAUUCUGCAGGAAGACGGUUUAUUGUCAGCCCUGUCCCUGAGAGUCGGUUAAAAGAGCAGGGCUUUUUCCCAUCUGCUGUUCCUGGAGGAAACGAAGCUCUGGAUGUGGUUGCUGCAUCUCCAAUGCAUGGUCCUGGAAUGAAUCUCUCUCACUCGGCAUCAUCACUGAGCUUGCAGCAAGCUUUUUCUGAGAUGGGGCAUGCUCAAAUGACAGAAGGACCUAGUACAGCUCCUCCAGUGUUCAAUCAAACAAUACCACCAUUUCCACCUGCACUCUCUACCAUGGCAGGCAGUGGCGCACCUCCUGCAUCUGUGGCUACUUCUUCAAUAUCUGUUCCCUCCAGUACAGGUGUUUCUGUUCCAGGAUCUGUUAGUUUGCCUUCAGAAAGUGCAGCUGUUGGAGCUGCACCAAACGCAAGUGUGCCAAGCUCUGUUUCUCCACCUCCAGCCUCACAAUCUGGACAGCAAUCGACUGGUGUUGCCUCUAGUGUGAGCGCCCCUGCUUCUUUCUCCUUACCUACCACGUCCCAGCCUGCUCAACAAGUAACUGGAGACAUUGCCCCCAGUAUCAGCACACCAUCGUCUUUGGCAUUGCCAUCUACCCAGGUUCCUGGUGUCACUGGUCUUGGUGUUGUUGCACCAGCUGUGACAUCUCAGUCUACUCCUCAGAUUGCAAGUAGCAUGGCAGCACCACAGACAUCUGUUGCCCUGUCUCUGGCUCAGAAUGUGGUUUUGCAGGUUCCUCAGCUUAGUAGCAGUGGCUCUGUCUCCAAUCUGGCAGAAACAACAGUUGUAAGUGCUCCACAGUCAUUAUCUGAGAGUGGGCAGUCUAUGGAUAAAUCACAGCUCUGCAAUGCAGCUGGCUUAUCUCUUCCAAUCUCUGCACCUUUAUCAUCCUCAGUAGCAACAAGCGUAUGUGGUUCAGUCACUCAGCCAGUGAUACAUCCCUUACUUGUCCCAUCAGGAAUUACAUCAACACCUGUUAUACCCCAGAUUUCAGGUGCAACACCGAUGUUGCCCCAGGUUCCCUUACCUGGUGUCUUGCCACAACCAGUUACUAACUUGCCUGCAGUACAGCAAACUUUGAUACACAGCCAGCCUCAGCCAGCUCCGUUACCCAAUCAGCCUCAUAUUCACUGUCUGGAGGCUGAUGCUGAUGCUCAGUCUAAAGCUCCUGGUAUUGAUGAUAUAAAGACCCUGGAAGAAAAGCUGCGGUCUCUCUUCAGUGAACAUGGUAACGUGGGGACAGCGCAUCCGUCAGUAUCUCUGGAGACGUCGCUGGUAAUGGAAACUACGGUUAUUCCUGGGAUACCAACCACUGCUGUUGCCCCAACUAAACCCCUGACAUCCAUUAGCACUUGUAUACCUCCAAGCAGUUUGCCUCUUGGACCAACUGGCUUGCCAGUGCUGACACCAGUUGCCACUCCUGGGCAAGUGAUGACCCCCGUCAGCUAUAUUUCGGCACCAAGCAGCAUUGCGACAGCAGUAGUGAAACCAGGGACCUCUCCUUCAAAGCCCCCUCUUAGCAGGGUACCGGUGCUACCAGUAGGUUCUGAACUUCCGGCUGGCACUCCAUCCAGUGAGCCGCUGCCACCUUUCCCAGGACCUUCACUAACUCAGUCCCAACAGCCCCUGGAAGAUCUGGAUGCUAAACUGAGAAGAACCCUUAGUCCGGAGACCGUUCCAGUGACAUCUUCUCCUGCCUGUUCUGUGCCCUCAGUAGCAUCUACAACAGUUACCGGGCUGGUGUCCCCAGCAGCACAGUCUCUGAAGGACGCUUCAGCAUCGUGCGGUGGAGAGAGUGGUGCUAUGGCCGCCGCAGCAGGAGCUGGGGUUCUGAAGAUGGGACGAUUUCAGGUGUCCGUGGCAGUGGAUGAUGUGCUGAAAGAGGGUGACAAACCUGAAACUAAGCCGGUGCAAUUUGAAACCACCUCCACUGAUUCUUCAUCGCUUUCUGGCAGUAGCCCAGAGAGUACACUGGUAAAGCAGGCUGGCGGUCGGAAAAGUGAGGCUGUUGCCGACGCUUCCUUGGAUGUGGUAGAUGGCAUUCCUCAAACAGUUCCCGUGCUGCAAUUACCAGUAGAUGUUGGUCAGCCUACGAAGGUCGGGCGCUUUCAGGUAACAACAACAACGGAUCAAGUGGGGCGCUUUGCGGUGUCGAAGACUCGGGAUGAGGUCAGCUGUGCAGAGAAAGAGCCAAUGACUCUUCCUCUCUCUGUGGACUUGGAACAAGUUGCUGCUUCAGCUGCAGCUCCGAAGAAAGAGCUGGAGUCAAGGCAGUCCCCACACAUGAACGGUCCGUCCUCCGAACCGGAGGCCGCCUUCUUAAGCGGGAUGGCUAAGGAUUUGGAUGACGGCUCGGGGAGCCCAGACUCCCUGCAGCCCCUGGGGUCAAAGAUCAGCCUCCCCGUCCAGAGCCUCAGCAACUCGUUCAACUCUUCCUACAUGAGCAGCGACAACGAGUCGGAUAUUGAAGAUGAAGACUUGAAGUUGGAACUCCGUCGGUUACGGGAGAAGCACCUUAAAGAGAUCCAGGAGCUGCAGAGUCGCCAGAAGCAGGAGAUUGAGUCACUGUAUGUGAAAUUGGGAAAGGCCCCACCUGCGGUAAUUAUUCCCCCCGCUGCACCCCUUUCAGGAAGGAGGAGACGACCUACUAAAGGCAAAAGCAGCAAGUCCAGUCGGAGCAGCUCCCAGGGAAAUAAGAGCCCGCAGCUAUCAGGCAAUCUGUCAGCUCAAAGCGCACCAUCAGUCUUGCCCCCACAGCAGACUCUUCAUCCUCCUGGUAGUGUGCCAGAGACUGGGCAGAACCACUUGUUACAGCCCCUCAAACCUUCACCUUCUAGCGAAAAUCUCUACUCUGCCUUUACCAGUGAUGGUGCCCUUUCGGUACCAAGCCUUUCGGCACCAGGCCAAGGCUGUGCGAAGUUUAACUGUGCAUCUGAGAGAGUGACGUUCAAGCCUGGUGGCAGGAGGACCCGAUUUCUGAGGAAGAUGGUGAAAAAAGUCUGUCCUUGCAACCAGCUCUGUAGGACCAGCAGCACGAACACAGUCGGGGCUGCAGUGAGCAGCCAGGCACCCCAGUCUCAGCCUACUGCUAUCGCCUCGAGCCGGAAGGGGACUUUCACCGACGACCUGCACAAGCUGGUAGAUAACUGGGCCCGAGACGCCAUGAACCUGUCUGGCAAGAAAGUUGGCAAAGGGCAUAGCAACUAUGAGGGCCCUGGAAUGGCAAGAAAAUUCUCGGCACCGGGUCAGCUCUGUAUCGCCAUGACAUCUUCCCUGGGUGCUACGCCCAUCUCUGCAGCAUCAGCUACCUCUUUAGGCCCCUUCACCAAGGCGAUGUGCCCUCCGCAGCAGUACGGUUACCCAGCAGCGUCUUUCGCCGCUCCGUGGAGCGGGACGGGUGGUCCAGCACAGCCACCGCUCGGCCAGUUCCAGCCCGUAGGCGCGGCGUCUCUGCAAAGCUUCAACAUCAGCAGUUUGCAAAAAUCGAUCAGCAACCCUCCAGGCUCCAACCUGCGGACCACUUAGCCGCGCUCGGAGACCGUGCUGGCUAGACCUCGGGACAGGCCGUGGGGAGGGGGAUGGGGCCCUGUGUCAACUGCUAGCGCUGCAAUGAACUGGUAGCGUGCCAGACAGGGAAUGAAUUUCUCUUUUCCAACCGUUGCUGUCCCAGGCGCUUUCGAGGGGGAGGAGGAUGGUCAGCAUCCUGACGAUGGGACGGCGCUUUUGACCGAGGGGUUCUGCUCUUGUGUGGAACGAGAGCUGCGAAGAGAAGUCACGGGGUCAGUUAACGCAGUCUUGCUGUAAAAUUUUCUCUCUGGUUUGAGGCUGAACCCACGCGUGCGGAGGUGGGGGAGCCGAAUCCUAGCAUGAGGCUUUAGCACGCUUCUCAUCUCUCCCCGAAGACCCAAGAGGAGGAGAAAAGCUGUCCGAAUCCCCCUCCUCUCCCUCUCCCUAGUCCAUCGUAUCUGGCUCCGAAACGAUGGGGCACACAAAAGGACUUGCAGUGCAGCCCGUGCUUGAUAGGUCAUUACUGCUUUAAGUAAGAUAUUAACAGCUUUGACUGCAGCAUUAGAGCAAUUUAAAUUGUUUAAAAAAUUUUAAAAGUUCCCUGCGGACAUGUACUUACCAUCAGUUUUGAUGUGGAAACACUGUGAUAUAUAAAUGUUGUUGGACAACAGUAGUUUAAAAAUGAGUGGAAUAUAGAGGGUUAAAAAAGUUAAAAAGAAAAAAAUGGGAAAAAAAGCUAGCUAUAUCCUUAUACUUAUUGGAGACACUUUAACUUUUUCCUUUGUAUUUUCAUUGUAUUAGAUAAAUAAAUGUGAAUGUAAAAUUGUAUAAAUUAAUGUACUUGAAUACUUGUCUGUUCUCC